AUAAAUUAAUAAUCCGACAAAACGGAUAAUUUCUUGAACUUCCGCUGCCCGCGUGACUUUUAUUUUGCCGGAUGCUUCCCCAAAGUUCCGGUCCACCGGAAGCACGCCUCACCUGCAGCGGUGUAUGAUGUUGUGCUUCUCUAGUAACAGAGCAGCGGAGUGUGUGAGCAGCGAGAUGAGGUCUGCGGCGUUACAGGCGCAGGUCUCCGCGAUCAUCGACGUGCUGGCGAAGGCGGCGGUGGCGGAGAUCAGUCAGCUGCUGGAGGAAGAGGCGGCUGCUCUUCAUCAGGAGAUCCGGAGGAGGAACGAGGAGAUCCGGGGACUGAAGACGCGGCUGCUGCUCACCGAGACCGAGCUCCAGAGAGUCACUGCAGACAGAUGCUGCGCCGGAGACACUGCUGAGCCUGCUGGCCUGCUGGGAGUAUCGGCUCGCUCGCGGGAACCUCAGCCUGGCGGUCUCAGUCUGGAGAAGCCUCGUUAUUCCCACACGCUGGAGCUGAAGCGAGAAGAUCCCGUCACAUGCUCCGCAGAGGAAGAGGAAGAGGAGCUCAGCGGCCUGGAGUUUGAGAUGAAGAUCGAGCAGGUGGAGGAGAGCCAAAACCGCCGCGACGAUGGAAACUCUCAUCCGUGGAGUUCGAAGGCGCUUGACGAUCCGGAGGUCCGUCUGAUAGAGUCGGAACAGCAUUCCCAGACUUUUCCAGAUCCGUAUGAGAUGACGCAGGACCCGACGGCUCAGUCUGCAUCCGGUCUGUUCUCAUUCUCUCAGAACGAGAGCUUCGGCGCUUCCGAGUGCGGGUCGGAUCCUCAUUCGAGCUCCGGUCUGGCCAAAACACAUCCGCAGCCUAAACCGUUCCGCUGCGAGGAGUGCGGGAAGGGCUUCACGCAGCGGACGCGUCUGAUCACGCACAGACGAGUGCACACAGGCGAGAAACCCUUCUGCUGUCAGCUGUGCGGGAAAACCUUCUCCAGACAGGACAACUGUCUCCGACACGUGCGUCUGCACAGCGGACCGAGAUGAAGAACGCCGCUCCAAGCGCUUUUAUCAUGCCUCGAAGUCAGAUUUCUGCAUAUUGUAACUGUCCUGUAAAUGUAUUUUGCAUUACGGUGUGUUUGACACAUUAAGCAAUAAAGAAUCCGUGGUUUACAGUGAAUUUAUAACAG